CAACAUUUCAUUUCUUUAAGUACCACCUCUAGGCUCUAUCCAUCGCACACUGCCAGAAGUAGAGAAAAACACACACACACACACAAAUUCUCUCUCUCUAUAUAUUGACACCAUAGCAGAGGCUACAGUGUUUCUGGAUCACACUCAGCAACUGGUGACGAAACAUGGCGAGGAUUUUAAUGUUGUUGAUGGGGAUUCUAGUAAUGUGUUGGUGGGCAACCGUUGCAGAAGCCCAAGAAUAUAUGAAAUAUAAAGAUCCUAAGCAGCCACUGAAUGUUCGAAUCAAGGACCUGAUGAGUCGGAUGACAUUAGAGGAAAAGAUUGGCCAAAUGGUGCAGAUUGACCGGACUAAUAUAACGGCUGACAUCAUGAAGAAAUACUUUAUUGGGAGUCUAUUGAGUGGACCUGGGAGUGUUCCAGCCAAACAGGCGUCUGCUGAGACUUGGGUGAACAUGGUGAAUGAUUUUCAAAAGGGUUCUUUGUCUACUCGUCUCGGGAUCCCAAUGAUUUAUGGGAUUGAUGCUGUUCAUGGCCACCAUAACUUUUACGGGGCAACAAUUUUUCCCCACAAUAUUGGACUUGGAGUUACCAGGGACCCUGAACUUGUAAAGAAAAUUGGAGCUGCGACUGCUCUUGAAGUUAGAGCUACAGGCAUUCCUUAUGUUUUUGCACCAUGUAUUGCGGUAUGCAGAGAUCCAAGAUGGGGUCGGUGUUAUGAAAGCUUCAGUGAAGACCACAACAUUGUUCAAGCAAUGACCGAGAUCAUACCAGGAUUCCAAGGAGAUAUUCCUGCAAAUUCUCGAAAGGGUGUUCCCUUUCUCGCUGGCAAAACAAAGGUUGCGGCAUGUGCUAAGCACUUUGUGGGUGAUGGUGGAACAACCAAAGGCAUUGAUGAGAACAACACUGUAAUAAACAAGCAUGAUUUGUUAAGCAUCCACAUGCCAGCUUACUACAACUCGAUUAUUAAGGGAGUGGCAACAGUUAUGGUCUCCUACUCCAGUUGGAAUUCAAUAAAAAUGCAUACCAAUCGUGACCUGGUCACUGGCUUCCUUAAGAACACUUUAAAUUUCAGGGGUUUUGUAAUAUCAGAUUGGCAGGGACUAGAUAGGAUCACUACUCCACCGCAUGCUAACUACUCAUAUUCCAUUGAUGUUGCGGUUAAUGCUGGCAUUGACAUGGUCAUGAUUGGCUACAACUAUACAGAAUUCAUUGAUGGUUUAACCUUCCAGGUGAAGAAUAACAUCAUUCCCAUGAGCCGAAUUGAUGAUUCAGUUAAGAGGAUUUUGCGGGUGAAGUUUGUGAUGGGCUUAUUUGAGAACCCAUUGGCUGAUUAUAGCUUGGUCAACUACAUAGGAAGCCAGGAGCAUAGAGAACUGGCAAGGGAGGCAGUGAGAAGAUCUCUGGUGCUGCUGAAAAAUGGUGAAUCUACUGACAAGCCAUUGUUACCCCUUCCUAAGAAGGCAUCAAAAAUACUCGUAGCUGGAAGCCAUGCAGACAAUAUGGGUUAUCAGUGUGGUGGGUGGACACUUGAAUGGCAAGGACUAAGUGGCAAUAUCACACCCGGUACCACAAUUCUUACUGCUAUAAAAAAUAGUGUUGACAAGAAAACCGAAGUUGUCUACCAAGAGAAACCUGACGCUGAUUUUGUCAAAUCCAACAAAUUCUCCUAUGCCAUUGUUGUAGUAGGAGAGCAUCCAUAUGCAGAGUAUAGCGGUGACAACUUGAAUUUGACAAUUCCUGAACCCGGUCCGAGCACCAUAAAAAAUGUCUGUGGAGCUAUGAAAUGUGUUGUCAUCAUCAUCUCCGGCCGUCCUGUUGUUAUUCAACCUUAUCUUUCCACAAUUGAAGCACUUGUAGCUGCUUGGCUUCCCGGAACUGAAGGUCAAGGUGUUGCAGAUGUUUUAUUUGGGGACCAUGGUUUCACCGGCAAGCUUGCACGGACUUGGUUCAAGACUGUUGAUCAGCUCCCAAUGAAUGUUGGUGAUUCACAUUACGACCCCCUCUUUCCAUUCGGAUUUGGACUCACUACAAAACCUACCAAUGCCGACUAAAAGUCCUACUAGUUGGAAUCUCUGAUUGUGUUUUUUUUAUUGUUUCAUAUGUCCGGAACUUAGAAGUACUGUGGGAUUUUGAUUAGUGAUUAUUAAAAUAAAGCUGAAUUACAGGAUAUAAAAUAACAGUAGCAAGGUUUAGUAUUUUGAUAUAUUUAACAAUUGAGGUAUUUGUCCUA